CAUGUGAGACGGAGACCUUCCAGCAGCACCAGAGGGAAGCCAGCACAACGCACCAGCCGAGCGGGCUGCGGCUGCCCUGAUCCAGAGGCAGGGAGCAGAGCGGGCCCGGCCAGUUGAGCUCUCUCAUUACACUCACUCCUUCUCCCCUCAGAAAUUAAUUACACCCCUCAGAAAUUAAUUACACGCUCGUCGCCAGCCUUCCACGCCUCUCCACCACCGAACCCAGCGCCAGGGGUUCCCCUCAGCGGCUCCCCGGGGGGCAGCCGGCCGGGCCCGCCCACGGCAAGGCCCCUCCCGCCGCCCUUAAAUCAGCGCCGGGGCCGGGCUCCUCAGGAAGGUUUUGCCGUCCCAGCAUGGAGGGCCCGGCCCGGCUCCUCGCCUCCCUGCUGCUGCUGCUCGCGGGCUGCUUCGGCGCCUGCCGGGCCGGCCUCUACUUCAGGGAGGGGCAGAGCUGCUACCGGCCGGCACCGCGCAGGGCCCUGGGGCUGAGAACCUACCCCCGGCCUCAUGAGUACCUGGACGUCUCCACGCUACCAGAAAGCUGGGACUGGAGAAAUGUUAACGGCAUCAACUACGCCAGCACCACUCGGAACCAGCACAUCCCGCAGUACUGCGGGUCCUGCUGGGCCCACGGGAGCACCAGCGCCUUAGCAGAUCGAAUCAACAUAAAGAGAAAAGGUGCAUGGCCUUCUGCCUACCUCUCCGUACAAAAUGUGAUUGAUUGCGCUAAUGCAGGAUCCUGUGAAGGUGGAGACCACACGGGUGUUUGGAUGUAUGCCCAUGACCAUGGCAUUCCAGAUGAGACCUGUAACAACUACCAAGCUAAGAAUCAAAAGUGCAAGAAGUUUAACCAGUGUGGAACCUGUGUCACUUUUGGAGAAUGCCAUGUGAUAAAGAACUACACUCUCUGGAAAGUUGCUGACUAUGGUUCUGUCAGUGGAAGGGAAAAAAUGAUGGCAGAAAUCUAUAAGAAUGGACCAAUUAGCUGUGGUAUAAUGGCUACUAAAAAGUUGGAUGCUUAUACUGGAGGACUCUAUACAGAGUACAACCCUUCACCUACCGUGAAUCAUAUUGUAUCUGUGGCCGGCUGGGGUGUAGAAAAUGGAACAGAAUACUGGAUUGUUCGUAAUUCUUGGGGUGAACCCUGGGGUGAAAGAGGAUGGCUGAGAAUUGUGACAAGUGCAUAUAAAGGUGGAAGAGGAGCACAGUACAAUCUUGCUAUUGAAGAGGACUGUGCGUAUGGAGAUGUUUUACUUCCUUGAUUCUAUACUGUACAUUUUUAUGUUUAAAGAAUAGUCUAAAACUUUCACAGUUGAACUUUCAGGCAGUUUACAAAAUUAGUCCAGAUAACACAACACACAGUAUUAAAAAUAAAAUACAGGUUGCCUUCAGAUAACUACUAAAAAUUUAAAAAUUAAAGUAAUUUACCCAUGAAAAAGUGUUGUCUGCUCUGAUGCACAGUAUUUAAAUCAUAUUGUCUUACAGAAACUAUAUGUAAAUUUGUGUAUAAAUAUACAUUUUUAAAAUACAAAUUAUGCAGAUGUAACUAAAAAACUAUGCGCACUAUACUUACGCUAAACUAACAGUAGUGAGCAAAUAUUAUACAAUUAUGCAGCUAUAAAAACAAAGCUAAGACCAGAUAUUUUACAUUCAAAAACUAAAUCUCCCUGUUGCAUCUUCAGCUACAUGGUGAAAAAAUAUUGCUGCAAGUCUCGUGUGAUGCUGUUGCUUUUAUCCAACCAAAAUUAUAAGAGGAAUGUUGAUAAAAAGAUGUUAAAAGUA